AUGGUAUGUUUAAUAAUAGAUAGGGUGGAAUUGAGUUAUGUUACUAACUAUUGUUUUUUAGUUACCUUUAUAUUUAUUAACAUCAGCAAAAGAGAAACCAAUAUUAGUAGAAUUAAAAACGGGAGAAACUUUUAAUGGAAAUUUAAUAAAUUGUGAUCCAUGGAUGAAUUUAACAUUAUCAAACGUAAUACAAACAAAUGCCAAUGGUGAUAAAUUUGAAAAAAUAGAGGAUAUAUAUAUUAGAGGUAUACAUGUUAAAUAUCUUCGUAUCCCUGAUGAAAUUAUGUCGUAUGCAAAAGAACAAAGUUUAAUAAACAUGGAACAAAGAAAUACAAAUGCAAAAAAUAGAAGAACAGAAGGUGGUAAUCGAAAUAGUCAAAGUCAUGGAGGUCACCAUGGUUAUAGAAAUCAAGGAAGAAGAGGUGGUAGAAGAAAUCCACAAAAUUAA